GAGGCGUGUUCAGUUAACCUGGUGGCGCUGAACGUCCUACCGUUGGCGGCGGAGAAGCUGCCAACGCUGCCAACCAGCCAGCCGACCUCGAAGAGAGCUCACGGUUUCGGUGCGGCGAAUACCUCCGUCGUUUCUCGCGUUUUAUCUCCGGUUGUUUUCGCACGUUCGCCGCAUUUAAUUCCGGAGUAAAUUUUCAUAUACGUGACCAGUGCGGCGAAUUCCGCCGAGGGGAGAUCAGCGAUGGUCAGCAAGGAUCCGAAAACGGGCGCGGAACUGGCGAAUCCUUAUGUCAGGCCGCCGAGUAUUUCCACCAGUCAGUCAGUCAAGAAUUUCUUUUACAAUCGUGAGACGGGUGCAUUUUUAGGCAGAACAGCCAGCAGCUGGGGCAAAAUAGGAUUGUUCUAUUUGAUAUUCUAUGGAGUGCUGGCUGCGCUGGUGGCUAUUUGUUUCUGGGGUUUCUUUCAAACGCUAGACCCGAGAAUACCGAGAUGGCAAUUAGAACGUUCGAUAAUCGGAACGAACCCUGGCUUAGGAUUUAGACCACGGCCGCCACUGGAGAACGUAGAGAGCACGUUGAUCUGGUACAGGGGAACCGAUAGCGAGAACUUUAAAUUUUGGAUCGAGUCUUUAGAAUCAUUCCUAAAAGAUUAUAUAACACCAGGAUCGGUUCUUGGUCUCGGCGCGAAUAUUAAUAAAUGUGACUACAAUCAACCGCCGCCGCCCGGCAAAGUUUGCGACGUCGACGUUAAAAACUGGCAUCCUUGUACCAAGGAGAAUAAAUUUAAUUACCACAAAUCAGCGCCGUGUAUAUUCCUAAAGCUUAAUAAGAUAUACGGAUGGAAACCGGAGUUCUUUAACGAUACGAAAUCAUUGCCAAGCAAUAUGCCGGCCCAGCUGAAGGAAUAUAUUAACGAAGUGAAGGAUCCUCGCGAGUUGGAAACGAUUUGGGUGUCCUGCGAGGGCGAGAAUCCCGCGGACCAAGAAAAUAUAGGACCCAUCAAGUACAUCCCGCGGAGAGGUUUCCCCGGAUAUUUUUAUCCCUAUGAAAAUUCCGAGGGUUACCUCAGCCCGCUAGUGGCCAUUCACUUCGUCCGACCACGAACUGGAAUUUUAAUAAACGUGGAGUGUAAGGCGUGGGCGAGGAACAUAAAACACAAUCGCAACGAUAAACUGGGUGUCGUCCAUUUCGAGCUGAUGAUAGAUUAACGUCGUUUUGUAUACUUUGCUUAGGAGGCGGGGAGGGUCUCUCCCUUAUUAGCUUACGUGAACGCCAUGCGAAUCUCACGUUUUCUGACGAAGCUGCUUUUAAAAUAGCCGUCAGAAACCGACGACCGCUGCCAAAGUGUGCAUGAAACUUUUUCACGUACAAACUAAAGGUUUUCCAUGUUCAUAUCAUCGAAAACCCGACACACUUUUAUGUGCACCGAAGGAAGCUGUAAUACAUUUAGUAAUCCCAUUUUUUUUUAUAUUAGAUCGAACGCGUAUUAUAGUUACGAAAAAAUCAUAAUUCUCUGUUGCGUGGAAAAAUUGAAUAAACGUAUUGCAGUCUUUCCUCGAUGCCACCGUACAGAAUGUAAUACACAAUUUUCGCGUUACGUUCUUUUACGACUAAUAAUUGGCCACGGAUUUGAUGAAUAACCGUGAUAUUAUAUUUUUAAAAUUGUCAAUUCCAAAUUGAUACUUUCUAAAUACAGGAAUUUUUAAUCGAAUCUCGCGAAACGAUCUAUUAAGUCUAAUGUUUAAGAAACGAUUACCGAUUAGUCAGUGUUUCAAUUAAAU